GCACAAACAACGCGCACACCUUCCUCACACACACGCGCACCUCUGAACGACAGCAAUGGCUGAGGCAGUGCGCGGCAAGCUGGAGCGGCGCACACGCGAGCUCCAUGACCUGCUUGAGCUUGGCAUCUUCACCCAAGAGGAAAUCAAGAAAAUCGUCAAGAAGCGUGAGCACUAUGAAUACCUGCUGCGUAGGCGCACCACCAGGAAAAGCGACUUCAUCGCCUACAUCGAUUAUGAAACAAAGCUUGAAGAGCUGAGGAAGCGACGAAAGAAGGCACAUGGCCUCAACGUUUCCGGCUACUUUUCAGACACUUCCCUCAUCGAGGGACUGCACACACUCUACUACCAAGCCCUCGUCAAGUUCAAGGACGACGUGGCAUUGUGGAAGCAGUACUUUGCAUUCUGCAAGAAGCACAGGAGCCUUCGCAGACUGAGCAAGGCCUAUGCGCAGUGUCUUCGCUACCAUGGCGACUGCCCCGAGAUCUGGAUCGACGCGGCAGAGUGGGAAUUCCGGUCCAACACAAACACGCGCGCAGCACGUGCGCUUCUGCAGCGCGGCCUGCGCGUGAACAAGAGCUCAAAGGAGUUGAUGCUUGAGUACUUCCGGUUGGAGGUUGCAUAUUGGCAGAAGAUGCUCAAGCGCGCAGAGACUCUCGGCAUCGACGUCAACGCAAUUGAGGCCGAACAAGUGCAGGCGAAGAAAUCGCGGAAAUCAGGGGAGAAGAAGAACGACGAUGAUGAUGACGAGGGAAAUGACAGCGGCGGUGAUGAGAACCCCGAGCUUGCACCGACAGUUCGGCUUGACGGCGCACAGAGGAGCAAGGCAGCAAGCGGCGUGGUGUCGCGCAUGGACAGGGAGGAGGCUGGCCUUGCUUCAGACGAAGACGACGAUGAUGACGACGAUGAUGACUUGUUUGAUGCAGAGCAGGAGCAGCAGGAGGCGCAGGAUAUGAUCUCCACCGUCCUCAAGGAGUCUGGGAAGAUGGACGACAGUGACGAUGACCAUGACGAUGAUGAGACUGCUGCUGAAAGCGCAUCUGUUGUGCAGUCUGCCCACGCCGCCGGCAGCACCUUCUACUCCGGCGUCAUUCCUCGCCUCGUCUUCUUCAACGCAAUCGAGCAACACCCUGACGACAUGCACUUUCGGCGCGAGUUUCUCGAAAUUUACCGCUGUUACCCACACACAGAAGCCAGCAGAGAAGUGGUGUACGAGUCGCUGCCUGUGGACAACCUUGAUGCGCUUGAGCUCAUCUGCCGCCGCCCCCUUGACGACCACUUUAUUGAUGCGACCUUCACGGCUGCGGAGAAGAAAGAGGCUCUGGAGAUGAGCGACCUGCUUUUCCUCCGCGCCGUCGGCCAGCUUCCAUCACCGCGGCUGAAGGCGAAGCACAUUGAGAUGCUGCAGGAUGCCGUACACACGUUUGCACCCAGCGACAAAGACACGAGUGCCGACGAUGACGACGACGACAACAACCUGCACUCGCUUGCCAAGCAGCUGCUGCACGACAGGUGCCUGCUGUAUGUCAACGCUGCAGCUGGUGUCGGGGACAUUGAUAUCGGCGGCAAUGCUCCCGCUGUCGCUGUUCUUCAGCUCGCACGUGAACACACGGACGCAGGCCAGCACGAGGAAGCCCUCGCCACCAUCAACCGCGCCCUCGCCGACGAGGAGCUGCGGCAAAAUGCAGACCUGUGGGAAGCCAAGGUUAACAUCACCACCACCAUCACCACCACUGCCACCACUGCCACCACUGCCACCACCGCUGUGGCCGAUGUGCUGUUGGAGGCGGCGACGGCGCUGCACGCGGGAGCGGCCGGCGACUUUGCUGCUGCGCUCUGGCAGUGGCACGCAAACGCGAGAAACAUUGCCGCCAUGCAGCAGGCAGUCAGGGUGGCGGCUUCGAAGCGGUGCGACAACGCCCAGGCCAUCUGCUGCGCGCAUCUUGAAUUUGUGGCGGACAAGGAGGGGCUCAAGGCAGCAAGGGACUUUGUCAACUGGUGCAUUACGAGCACGCAGGCGUAUGGGCUUGAGCUGUAUCUGACGUGGGCAGACCAAGAGGUUGAGCACCACGCCACAGAUGCUGCUGUGCGCCACAUCUUCGAGGAGGCUGUCUCCCGCUACGGCAAGUGGUCCCCGCGCCUGUGGCUGCGCUACAUCCAGUUUGAGCACGACAACGGCCGCCCAAAGGAGAGCAGCCAAGUGCGCUGGCGCGCAGUGAAGACCCUGACGGACCCAACGGUCCUGGAACAGCUGCUCACAGAGCACAAGCUCAUGUAGAUGGCAAUCACACACACAGACACACACAUGUGGGCGGACCUGCUCUCCCCACCCCGUUUCUUGCCUCAAACUCUUCCGCACACGUGCACACGUGCAACAAACACCCGCCUCAUUUCGCCCCCCCCCCCAAGUGCCCUUGUAUGUACUUCUGUGAUGCAAUAACAACCAGCUUGUGACAGC